AUGCAGCAAAACGAUACAGCCUAUGCACUACAGACUGCAGCUGAAAUUGAACGUCUCCGCUUCCGGAUCAACGACGAGGCAGUCUGCAAGCAUGCUUCAAGUCUGAAUGGUGGCCGGAAUUGCCACAUCGAAUAUAUCUUCGCAGUUGGCCCCGGCGAUCUUAUGGGAAGCGCUAACUAUCACGCCCGUAUUUGUUUCCACGACGGGUCUCCUUCAUGGUUACUUAGGGUUCCACGUGUUGCUAGCUUUGCUGUUGGCCUUCCGUCUUUGCUGGUUGAAUAUCUUGUACUCAGCGAAUAUGCAACCUUGAAAUUUCUCGAAACCACUGCGGUACCGGCUCCUCGAGCAUUCAGUUAUGGUAUAUGUGGCACUGAAACGGACCAUGGUAUCGGCGUCAGCUUUAUCAUCAUGGAAGAACUACAGGGAAAACCAUGGGCGGGCCAAGGUAUCUUCAGCAGCAGAGCCACUGAGAACGAUAAGGCAACGGUCUGGAGGGGUCUUGCGAACAUUCUGGUAAAGUUAGAAAAAUACCCCUUCCCCAAGGCUGGUUCACUGUGCUUGCAAUCAUCUGAGAUUGAAGUAUCGGCCAUGGCGAGCGACAGGUUCCUUGUCCUUACCCCCAGAGGACCAUUUGCCACAUCUAUCGCCUAUUAUACAGCAUUUGCUGAGCAGUACUUGGAGCUCAUUGCGGAUGGCCAGCUCUAUACCGAUUAUCCUGUCGAUGCUUAUCUGGCGUACCGUUUUCUGAAGGAUAAUGCAGUCCAAUUGGCCUCGCUAGAGGGACACCAGUCGCGAGAGAGCUUCUACUUGAAACAUGUCGACGACAGAGGGGAUCACAUACUCGUUGAUGAUCAACUGAAUAUUACCGGCAUUAUUGACUGGCAAAUGGCAUGUACUGUACCACGACACGAAGCCUUUGGGCCAUCCCUUGUGACAGCAGAUAUGAACGCUUUCUGUGACGGGGAAGUUCAAUUGAGCCACAAUGAUCUUGUCCUGGCUGAUAUGCUGCGUGCAAGAGGGUUCUCUGAUCUGGACAGCAAUACGGCUGAUGAGAAAGUCCGAAGGUUCUUCUGGGGCCUGGCCUUAGAGCCAGAAUGGGCUUGCGCCCUGCCGUUGGCCAAUGCGAUAUUGAAGACGUUCGGGGUGGUGCAAGAGUGGCUACAUUGGAAAGAGAGUGCGCUGGAAGAAUACGGGUCUGAUGAGCGCCUAACGGGUCUGAUUGGUCGUUCUUCACAAAUGAAAUGA